CAAUUUUCCUCCUUACUCAAGGCAAACCUUCGCUAUAGCAGAUCUUAAAGCAAUCUGUGCUUAGAUCUUAAAUUCUAGUUUACCACGAUACCACAUCAUCUAAAAUGGGUAUUAAAAACCUCUUCUCGGUGAUCUCGGAAGAAGCCCCGGAUGCUGUCAAAACUGGAGAGAUCAAAAACCACUUCGGUCGCAAGGUCGCUAUUGAUGCGUCCAUGAGUAUCUACAGCUUCCUCAUUGCUGUCCGCUCCGAUGGACAGCAGCUCAUGAAUGAGACCGGAGAGACCACAUCGCAUUUGAUGGGAAUGUUUUACCGCACUCUACGAAUGGUCGACAACGGUAUCAAGCCUCUGUACGUCUUUGAUGGGGCUCCGCCCAAGCUCAAGUCGGGAGAAUUGGCCAAACGUUUUGCUCGGAGAGGCGAAGCGACGGAAGCACACGAAGAGGCCAAAGAGACCGGUACCGCGGAGGAUGUGGAGAAGUUCUCUCGCCGCACGGUACGAGUCACCCGGGAACACAAUGCGGAAUGUAAAAAGCUCUUGUCCUUGAUGGGCAUUCCAUACAUUGACGCCCCGACGGAGGCCGAGGCGCAGUGCGCCGUGCUUGCUCGUGCUGGGAAGGUCUAUGCUGCCGCUUCAGAGGAUAUGGACACGCUGUGCUUUGAGACACCCAUUCUUCUGCGUCACUUGACAUUCAGCGAGCAAAGGAAGGAGCCGAUCCAGGAAAUUCAUCUAAGCCGCGCGCUGGAGGGACUCGGCAUGGAUCGCAAACAGUUCAUCGAUCUCUGUAUUCUACUGGGCUGCGACUACCUGGAACCUAUCCCUAAGGUCGGCCCCAACACGGCCCUGAAGCUGAUCCGUGAGCACGGGACCCUUGAGAAAGUGGUUGAUUUCAUCCAAAACGACCCCAAGAAGAAAUAUGUCAUUCCCGACGACUGGCCAUACCAGGAUGCCAGAGAACUCUUCCUCAAUCCCGAUGUGAGGGAUUCCGACCACCCCGACUGCGAUUUCAAGUGGGAAGCGCCCAACAUUGAGGGCCUUAUCCAGUAUCUGGUCACAGAGAAGGGGUUCAAUGAGGACCGAGUUCGCAGUGGUGCUGCACGCCUGCAGAAGAACCUCAAGACCGCCCAGCAGUCUCGUCUGGAGGGUUUCUUCAAGCCGGUAGCCCGAACGGAUGCGGAGAAGGCUAAUUUGAAGCGCAAGCACGACGAAAAGAUCCAAGAACAAAAGAAGCGCAAGAAGGACGAGGCCAAGGCUAAGAAGGAGGCCAAGGCAAGGCCCCGUGGCGCUGGCUAAGAGAUUGUCUAUCCGUCAUUCUGUCUGCGGUGAAGGACCAAAUAGAGGGCUUAUGCGGAGGUUAGUGAAGGGACUAUGGUAUCAUAUGAUCGGCACAGAUUUGGAAGCCUGAUCUCUUGCGUUGUUGGGAUGCUUUUGUCGUUGGCGGCGUUCUGGGUUGGGGUGAUGGUAAACAUGGCAAGGCGUUUUCGUCGGCGAGUUACACCAGCAUAGCAUACUACGUACUG